CUUAGAACCUACGUCUUUCCCUUUGUUUGAUCCAACUCCAGAAUUUGCGUUUCCCAUCUUCCAAAAAAUUUGUGUGUAUUUAAAUCAACCGGUAGCAUCGCACAUUUCCUCUUCCCUUCUCCAUUUCUCUGUCUCCUUCCCCUACGAUUAGAAUUACAAGUUGCCCAUUUUCUCUUCUCCCUUUUCAUUGCAUUUCCUGGUAAUGAUGUGCUCUUCCUGAUUGGAUUGAUUACAUGUUCCUUUUGAUUUGUUCUUGCAGCAGUUGUUUUGCUCCCCUUCUAUAGCAGAAACGAAAUGGAGAACGAAAAUGGUGAACAGCAGCAGAACGGUUUCACCCAGAAAUAUGAUUGCCUCCUUUUCGAUGUGGAUGAUACACUUUAUCCAUUGAGUUCUGGUCUGGCACCACAAGUUGCCCUCAACAUUCAAGAUUACAUGACUGAAAAGCUCGGCGUCAUGGAGAAUAAGGUCCAAGAAUUGUGCCUGUCCCUCUACAAAUACUAUGGCACCACAAUGGCUGGCUUACGGGCAAUUGGCUAUAAAUUCGAUUACGACGACUUCCACAGCUUUGUACAUGGACGAUUGCCUUAUGAUACCUUGAAGCCAGACCCAGUCCUCAGGAGUCUCUUACAAAGCUUGCCCAUCCGCAAAGUGGUGUUCACCAACGCAGACAAGGCUCACGCAGAUAAGGUACUGAGCAGGCUGGGAUUGGAGGAUUGCUUUGAACAGAUCCUGUGCUUCGAGACCUUGAACGACUCCACCAAAGGGAAUGAUGCCGUGGAAGAUGAAGAAUCAGCCGAAGUCUUUGAUAUCAAUGAGUACAGCGCUGCUCCUAACGCUGGCUUAUCUCUCCCCAAGACACCUGUGCUCUGCAAACCUUUCGAAGAAGCUUUCGAAGAGGUCUUCAAGAUUGCUAACAUCAACCCUCAUCGAACGUUGUUUUUCGAUGACAGCCUUCGAAACAUCCAGACAGGGAAAAGAAUGGGACUGCACACUGUGAGGGUUGGGACUUCUGAUCGAACUGAAGGCGCGGAUUACGCGCUAGAGAGCAUCCACAACAUCAAGGAAGCACUCCCAGAGCUGUGGGAUGCAGCAGCCAAUGAUAAAACAGAGGGGAUGAGGUACUCCACAGAAGUUGCUAUUGAGACAGAAGUACAGGCCUAGGCUUUUGUUUGUACAUAGUCUGGAUUCACCUUAUUCCUUCCAGGCACCAGCUGCCUCAUUUUACGAAGUGCAGCCUAAUUAAUUAUUAGUAAUUUGUAUCUUUCGUCUUUAGCAGUUUAUAUAUAUGUCGACAAGCCUCAGGGCUUGACUUUCCUUGAGCUGUAAGGAAUGAUUGCUCUUAGAAGCUAGCAUACAGUACAUGUUGGACCUUAUGUAAAAUCCAAACUUAUGAUUAUUAUUUUAUAAUAUGAUUAGAUAAUAUGGUGAAAUGUGAUCCAAAAAUUAUAUUAUGUCAAGAAAAACUUAAAU